AUGGAUCUUAUUAAAGAAGGAGAUUAUCCAUGUAUUGUUAAUUUUCUACAAAUUUCUAAAACUUUGAGUAUUAUCAAUGGUAAAGACAUUCAUUUGUUAUUGGGAACUGGGUCAGUAAAGACAAUGAUCACACACUAUCUCUGUGGAGAGAAUAUGAUAACUGCUGCUUCAGGUAUUGGUGAAGGUAAGUUUGUUAAAAAGAGUAAAAUAACUAUUAAGAAAAGAAAAUUAAUAUUGAUCCAUUUUAUCCCAGGAAGUACCAGUGGCAAUGAAAAAAUUUCGGGAAAAGAAGUAAUUUCAUAUAAAAUUACUUCCAAUAAUGAACUCAUUAUUACCUUGGACGAUCAAGUUCCUGCCAUUGAUCUUUCCAUCGCAAUAGGAGUGACCAAAGUUAUCCAUUCCUCGAAAUCAGUUCGUCCCAUCAUUGUUCUGGACAAAAACACAAUUACCUCUGUUGGUGGAUCAGAGCUUGGUCAAAUUCUCGAUUAUUUACCAAUUCUAAUUGAGAAUAUUCAAGGUAGCUUUGGUUCAUUCUCAGUGUUGUUUACUGAUUUUGAUAGUUGUAAACCAGAAAUUGAAAACUACAAUUCAAUCAAGGAUAGUUUUAUCCAACAAAUUCAAAUCGAGAAUCAAAAAAAUCCAAACAGUAACAGAGCCACUCUUCUUCGCUUCAUUUUCAAGGGUGUCGAAAAUAAAAUUGAUAACCUUAAUCAUGGUGGUCAACCAGAGGAAGGUUUAUAUGUCAAAAUUGUAAAUCCAAUCAAUACAAACGCUGUCCAAGAUAUCCUUUCAAUGGUUCAUAGUCGUCCACCAAUUGAAAAUCUAAGUCAAGUGUUCAAGUACAAUAUUUCAACUUCGUCACAAACAAAUAUAGGAAAUGAAAUAGAGACUCUUCAAGAUAAAAUCAACUUAGAGGGAGGAAACUAUAAAUUAACGGCUGAAUAUUUGGAUUUAAUCAAAUCAAUUGCAAAAUAUAUUGAUGUAAAUUCAUUGAAAGUAUCAUACAAAGAUUCACUCGUUAUUGUUAUCAAACAUUACAAUGAACUUUGUUCUGAUGUCAAGUCAUAUCUUAUUGGUGCUUUGAAUCCAUCUGGUUCUCUUUCGAUUGAACAAUUAGAUUCACAUUUAUCAGCAAUCAAAUUGAUUUAUCAUCUCAUGAAACAAAGAGAUUCGGAAGAGAAAACACAUUUUACAAAUGACAUUCAAUCAUAUGAUAAUGUCAUUCAAUGUCUCUUGCAAAUAACAAUAGAUUGUGAAAACUCAUUAAAUACAAUCAUGUCUUUCUCUGUUCUCAAAGAUCAAAUCUAUAAACUCUGUUCACUUUCAGAUUUCAAUGAUGUAUUCACAUUUGUCAAAUCCAGUGCAAUCAAUUCAUUAUCUAAUAGAAUACAACAUCUAAUUGAUGAUGCAAACUAUGAAAUCCGAUCCCAUAAUUGGGAGAAUUCAUACAAUUCAUGUCAAUCAAUUCGACAAUCAAUUUGUAUCCAAGAGUUUAUCAAAAUUCAAAUUGAAAAUGAAGUUCAAACUUUGAUUAGUUCAAUAAACAAGAUAAUUGAAAUUUCAAGUGAAUUCAUUAAUCAAAUAUUGAGUAGUGAAGGAGAGAUCUCAACCCAAGAUUUAGAUAGUAUCCCAGUACACUGGAAGAUAAUUCAAACAUCUUCUUCAUUCAAACCACUCAGAGAGCUAAUAAAUAUAGAAAUUAAAGAAGUUUAUUACAAUCCAAUAGUGGAAUCAAUUGUCACAUUCACAGAAAUAUACAACCUCUCAGAUGUUGUAGAUUGUACAAAUUAUCUUCGAAAUAUCUCAAUGCUCAUAAACAUGGAUGCAAAUAUCAAAGAUCGCACCUUCAAUUCUCUUCUCGAGAAACAAAAAAAUAUCAAGAUUAAGAUAGAUUCUUUAAAGGAUGAAGUGUAUUCAUCACUCAAUAUUAAUAGUGAUCAAAAUAAGCUCGAAUGUGUUUUCAACAAUCUUUCUAAAAUAAAAGAACUUUCUCAAUUGGAUCAAUAUUUUAGUCAGCCUCAUGGAAUGAAAACCUACGUAGAAGCAAUUGAAGAGAUUAUAAUUUUCAUUGAAAAGGUUAAAAAAGAAAUUUCAGACUCUUUUACAAGUAAUAAUCAUAAACUUUCAAACACACUCUCACAAACAAUUUAUUGUCUGGUUAGACAAAUCGAAUUUGGUCAGAAUGUAUCUCAAGAAGAAUUAAAAUUGAUAGAUUGCAUUGAAAAUACCAAAAAUCUUUUCAAGAAUUUGGUUUCAAAUAUUUGUAUAUCUUUCAAAUCUGAUGAUAGCACAAAUGGACUAUGGUCAACACUCUCUAAACAACUGGAAAUUCUUGGAAUAUUCAAACAUAAUCAGAUAUUUUCUUCCAAGUUACUUAUUACUACAUUUGAAACUAAAAUUGUUAAAUAUUGUUGUACUUUACUAGAGGAGUUAGAAAUAUAUUUAUCUAAAAAUGAUUAUAAAUCGGCUUGUGGUAGUUUAAAUCAAUUUCAAGAAGCUCAAACUUUUAAUAAUAUUGAACCAAUAGUCAAUAACCAAUAUCUUUUAGUUAAAAGUACUACAAUGACUUCAAUCUACUAUUUCGUUUUAAAGAUGAAAUCAUUAAUUGAUGAUUUUAAAUUUAAAGAAUUCAAAACACUUAAACCUCAAUUGAACAGUUUGGUUGAUCUUGAACACUAUUAUCCUUCGAUCAAUUCAAAAGUUCAAGAAAUUAAUAAUCAAUACCGAAAGUAUAAAGAUAUCAAUUUUAAUAUCAAGAAUGGUUACUUUUCAUUUUUGACCGAAAUUGACCAUCCAACAAUGAAGAUUCUCCAAGAAAAGAGUCAAAAACGUUUAUAUUCAAUUCAAAGAGAUCUCUCAGCUCUAAAAUAUGAACAAGUUGCUCAAAAUCUCACAUGGAUAAUCAAAAUGUGUUCAAACUCCUUAUUUCAACAGAAAUUAGGAACCAAAGUGAACAAUAAUAAAGAAGAACUUUCUAAGAUUCUGAAACAAAUAAUAGAUAUUGCCGAAAAAUCAUCCAGUUCUAUUAAAGAAUCGUUAAAAACCGAUAAUCUUAAAAUGUCUGAUAUCGAUCACUAUUAUUCGAUCAAAACACAUUUGUCAACAUUCAUCAAUCAUUUCCAACAAAUAGAUAACAAAUUGAUUGAAUCAUUGGAAUCAUAUUUCGAUUCAUUCCGCCAAAUUUCGAACAACAUUGAGAGUUGGAAGAAAGGAGUUAUCGAAUUUAAUACAGUAUCACUUUUAAUGUCCAAACUUAGCACUCUAGAAGGAUGUCAAACUGAAUUUUCUUCUUGUUCAAAUUUGGGUCUAAAAAUACCUACUCAUUCAAGUUUAAUGGAUCAAUUGAAACUAUGUUUGAAAGAUCUUAUAAAUACAUUUCAAUUUGGUUUAGAAACACAAGCUUAUCAUAAAUGUCGAAGCACAAUUCUACUUGUUAUCAAAUUAGUUGAUCAUGAACUUGUGGAAAGAAACGACUAUGAGUUGUUGAUUCAAAAAGUAGAAAUUCACAAGAAUGGGUUAUUUGAUAAAGCAGAGCAAUAUUUGGAUAGAAAUGAUCCAAUGAAUUAUCAAGUGAUUGCAUCAGAAGUGAACUAUUUGAAUGAUUUUUUCAAGCAAAUUCCUAAGGUAAAAUCCCAAAGUUUUUGUCAUUUAAUCCUUUCGCUUGGUCAUAAACAUAUUGAAGAAUUAUCAAAUAAUUGGCAAACCAAAGAUCUGAACUCUCUAAUUUCAAUUUUAAAAGAAUUUAAAAAAUUCUCCACUAACUGCAUACUUCUCAGAGAACAUGCUAACACCAAUAUUGCAAUGAUUUUAGAUCAAUACAUUGAAACAAAUGGAUUAGAAAAGUUUCAACUUUUGGGAAAAGAGCUUGAAAGUUCAGGUUCUUUAGGAAAAGAAAUCAUUUCUGAAUUCAAACAAUUCCAGUCAUAUUCUAUUUCAAUGUGGAAUUCAAGAUCACCAAAAUUAAAUCUUGUAUUUGAAUACAUCUUAAAGAAUAUGACAGGAGAUGAAAUUUCAAUGGAUAUUUUGAAAUCAAGUUAUGAUUCUUUCUCGAUAAAACAUCAGGAAAUGGUUGAUAAAUUAAAGGUCAAUAAAUAUCAAGAUGUUCUCAAGGAAAUUGUAUCAAACUCAAAGAAACUUUCUCUCAGAAUUCCAAAGUAUAUGGAUUUGGAAACAUCAAGAGAGGAUGUCAUCAAUUUAUUGGCUCAUAUUUUCGCAAUAUGGACAAUUUCAAAAUCAGGUGAAUCAUAUGUCGCUCUCAAAUUUGAUCCAAAUGUAUUACUUCGUCCUCAUCAUUUUCAGGUAUUGGCAAUUAUGAGACUUCUUGGAAUUGACAAACAUGUUUCUCUGAUGAAAAAGACACCAACUUUAAAUUUAAUAGGUGUUAUUCCUGAUAGUAUACCGUUAGACAAUCAUCUCAUUGAAAUAUUGACUGGUGAAGGAAAAUCAAUCACACUUGCUGUUCUCAGUAUUAUACUUUCACUUCUUGGAUUCAAAGUAUCAUGUGUUUCAUACAGUGAAUACCUUUCAAAACGAGACUUUUCUUCAUUUGUAGAUAUCUUUGAACUCUUUGGAGUCACUGAUAUGAUUACUUAUUCAACAUUUGGUGAACUUUGUGAAUCUUUGAUCUCUGAAGGAGGUGAUGUCAGAGCUCUUACAGAUAACUUAAUUCACAACUCUUUGGCCCCUGUCCAUUCUCAAAUAUCACAAAGCUCAAGAAUUCUUUUGAUUGAUGAAGUCGAUCUAUUCUUUGGUGAUUCAUUCUAUGGUAAAACAUAUAAUCCAGCAACUACCCUUCACUCUUCAUCAAUAGUUAAGCUAUAUGAAUAUAUUUGGAAUAAUAGAAAGAAUAUUAAAUUUGCAACUCUUUCGAAACAAAUUGAAUACAAGAAUGUUAUUUCAGAAUUCCCAGGAUAUGAAAAGCUUCUUUCUCUAAAGAUAUCAGAAAUGGUAGAGGAUGUCAACAACUAUAAAAAUACAGAAUAUGAAGUUGAUAAUGUUAAUAAGAGAAUUGGAUAUAGAAAUCAUGAUGGAAUUUCAUUUACACACGAACAUGGAUCGAAAACAGCAUUUGCUUACAUAGAUGCUUUUGGUAUUAACAAAGAAGAUGAUAAAACCGAUAAAGAUGAGAAAACCAAAAAAGAGGAGAUAGCAAAAUUUGAAAAUUUUAAGAGAAAAAAUCUUAAAAUAACAAUAACAUGUGGUGGUUGGUCAUAUGCAAACAUUCCUUCUAAAUUUGAAAGAAUUCUUGGAGUAACUGGAACUUUGAAGACACUCACUCCAACUUUAAUGAAAAUAAUCAAAGAUGAAUUCAAGAUCAACAAAUUUACAUUCACACCUUCAAUCUUUGAUGAAACAAAACUCGAUUUCAAAGAACAUGAUCAUGUUUUUAUAGAAAAAGAUAAAGAUCAUUGGUAUCUAAAGAUUGCUGAAGAUAUCCUUGAGAAGACAAAGAAAGAAAGAGCUGUCAUUGUUGUCUUUGAAGAUGAAAAGACUUUGAACGAUUUUGAAACCUCACAUUAUUUCGGUCAAGUUGAGAAGAGUUCGAAAUUAGUUGAAAGUACAACAGACAGAGAUACAGUGAUCAAGAAAGCAACAACAUCAAGACAAGUAACACUCAUAACAAGAUCAUUUGGUCGUGGUGUUGAUUUCAUUGUCAAUGAUGAUAAAGUGAUUGCUAAUGGAGGUGUUCAUGUCAUUCAAACAUUCCUUUCAGAAGAGAUCACCGAAGAAAUUCAAAUCAAAGGAAGAACCGCUCGUCAAGGUCAGAAAGGAUCAUACAAGAUGAUUCUCCUCAAAUCAGAUCUUAUCAAGAUGGGAAUGACAGAGAAAUGGCUUGAAGAUGAAAAAAAGAGAGAUGGAUUCUACAAGUCAAUCGAUGAGAAACGUCAAAAAUUGUAUUCUUCUAAAUGUGAGAAACUCAAAAAGGUUGUCAAUGGUGCCAAAGAACGUGAUUCAGAAUCGAACAAAUAUUUAAGUUUGCUUUCCAAUUAUAGUGAAUCCAAGAAAUCCGAAAUAUUAAAAAUAUUGUUUGAAUUUAAUAAUAAGAAUAAAUAA